GGGUUUUGGUCACAUGACCGGACAGCGUCCAGUCGGGUAAUCAUGGCGGCUGUCUCUGGAUGUGCAGAGCAGAUGUAGCGUUUUUGUCCGUAAACGAUGCUGUUUGAUCCACUCCCCGGACUUUGAUCCGGACCUCGGUGAGCGGAGGGACAGGAGCCCCGCAUGGGGACAUGAAGGAGCGGAGGACAGACGCUCCUCACCGAGGCGGCUGUGACAUGAUGGCUCUGCUGGAUGCUCGGACGCUGUGAUUCCUGGCCAUUGCUUUUGUGUACCAGCACGCUAAAUGGUAUUUUUUUCGAGCUGAUCAUUUGCAUUUUUUUAGCGGUGUGCUUCUUGCAGAUGUUAGGUUGUGUGCCCAUGUGAAUUUGGGUCCUUUUCUGUACAAUCCCUAGAACAGCUGCAUUGUUUAGUGGAGCAGCUGCGAUCCAGGAUCAGCACCUUAUUUAGGGUCCUACUACAGCCAGUCUGCAUGGACCCUCUCUCUGUUGCUCACACACAACCCUUCUAUGACCGCUUGUGCUUCUUCUCAUGUCUCUCUCAGUAAUAACACUAUGAUAGGCUCCCCAGAUGUGGUAGCUUUCACUAAAGAGGAUGACUAUGGGCAGGCCACUCCAGAGGCGCUGGAUCUCCCAGAGGAGUUUUCCAUACCUCUCCACCCGCUGGCAGACUCAAAUCCUUGGGCCAAAACCUCCUACGCCAAGUUCACCAAAGACUUCAUCCUCAUCUCAGAGUUCUCGGAGCAGGUGGGCCCCCAGCCUCUCCUCACCAUCCCAGAUGAUCCCAAAGUCUGUGGCACCUUCGAUCUCAACUACUUCUCCCUGCGGAUCAUGUCCGUGGACUACCAGGCCUCCUUCGUGGGGCAUCCGCCUGGCAGCGGCUAUCCGAGGCUCAGCUUUGUGGAGGACUCGAGGGUUGUCCUGGGAGACUCGAAGGAGGGAGCGUUUGCCUAUGUCCAUCACUUCACUCUUUACGACCUGGAGGCGCGGGGCUUUGUGCGGCCGUUCUGCAUGGCGUAUGUAGCUGCAGAUGAGAAGAAAAUCAUGCUCCAGUUUCAGGAGCUCUCGCUCCGCUUCUCGCAGGCCUCUGAGUGUCUGAAGGCCGGGAACAGAAGAGCUUUCGCCAAGGAACUCCAGAGGAAGCUCCAGGACCUAGAGUACACCCACUCUGUGCUGCAGCGAGAGGAGGGCCUGCAGAGGGAGGCGGGGCCUCAGUGCGUUUACUCCGCCCACACCGUGGAGAAGGCCAAUGAGCUAGCGAACGUAGAGAAGAGCAUUUAUGAACACAGAGACCUGCUGAAGCAGAUCAGCGCCUACCAUCGGCAUCCACGACGGGACCCGCACGCCGCCUCAUGCCAGAAGUGUAUGAGUGAGUGCCUGAGAGAGUGUGAGGAGCUGUUGGACAAAUACGCCAAACUUGCAAACCCCCUUGGUUACAGCGAGAGGGUGUCCAAAGGCAAGAGUCAAUUAGACGACGACGGAGGGGAAGAAGAGGCGGACGAAGACGACGAAGAGGCAAUUAAACGCAGGCCAUCCUACACGCCGCAGCUGAUCAAAGCCAAGUCUGCGAAAUGUUUUGACAAACGCCUGAAGAACCUGCGAGAACUGUGCGAGGAGACUUUCCACGAGGCCACCGUGGAGCUUCUGAAGGAGACGGAGAGGAGUUUCCGUGGCGACCUGUGUUAUCUCUACACUCAGCGACUGGACAAGGCACUGCGCAGGAAGCAGAAAAUUGUCAACUUCCUGUUUGAGGAAGACCUCGAUGACAAUGUUGACGAUGAAGCUGAGACACUUAGACCGUUCUGUGCGGUGAAUCAUGCCGCAGACAACUACAUGCACUUAAAUCCACCUCACAUUGUCCUGGGAUCAGAGGCUCUUGAGCUUGAUGGGCUAAAACCUCAAGGUGCACCAGACCCGGCGUGUGAAACCACCACUACUCAGGAGCUUAGGCUUCUGGGGAUCCAUCUGGACUCUUCUCCAUCAGACCAGACCUUGGAGACACAGGAGAGCUCAGAAGGCACCAAAAGCUUCAGCAGCGAUAAGAGUGGAACAGAUCAAGCAGAGAAGCAAGAGAGUCUGGCGAGUAUAAACACAGAAGGUCCUGAUCCGGACUCGGAUUUGACGCCGGAGCCUGACCAGAACGCCUACCCGGAGAGGGAAAGUAGCAGUGAGGACAUGGAGACCACUGCUGGGGAGGACGACUGUGAUACCGGACAGGACCAGACCCCCGUGUCUUUGCUGGAAGUAGUGUCCGAGCUGGAGGCCAGGAACGGCGAUGAGUGCGAGCUGGCCGCCCGCUCAGAGCUGCUGGUUCCCAUGGACACAGCUUGCUGUAUGGCCCAGGAGGGUUUCCUUUAUGAGGCAGCCGACCCGGAUGCUGUGCUGUGCCUGGGCCCAAACUCUAACCUGAUCCCCUCUCAGACUCCGGUGGUCAACCAGGAGCCACACGCCAUGCACCCUAUCCAGGACGAAUACACAGUGGGUUCCCCAUCCUCAGAAGGUCCAGCCACAGGGCUGGAGCUUCCUGUGGGCAUUCUCGGCGAUGCGGUUUCACGAACCUCCGUGGAGGACGGGUCGGACUGUACCAUGAGUACUUCCACGGGCUCCGACCGGGCCGCCUCACCGCUCGGCUACGGGGGGUCGGUUACCCUCCGUCAGAGGAAGAAGGCCGGCCAAGGCGCGCUGAGGUUUGUGCGUCAGUACUCCUUUGCCAUGCAAGCCCUGUGGUGUCUGCUGAGCGGCAGAACGCUGGUGGUGCUCGGGGCGGACGAGGGGAGGGUCCGCCGCCUCGUGUCCGCUCUGGCGCUCUUCGUACCCAACCCUGGGAAGAGUGGGGACAGAGUCCAACCCUGGCUGUCCUGUCCCUUCACCCUCACUGACCUGCAUAGGUGGAAGCUCAUUGGACUGCAAAGGGUUGCGUCUCCAGCCGGCUCCAGCGUGCUCUACUCCCUGUCCCGCUACAGCCGCUACAUCUCCAUCCUGGACGCCGACAUGAAGACCCUGCGCUGCCCUCAGUACCGCGGCCAGCUCCUCGCCAACAUGGCCGACCACCGCACCUACAUCCGCCGCGGCUCCACCUACUUCCUCCACCUACAGAGCGCGCUCUGCCGCCUGGCGGCCAAGGCCUUCCUCUUCACUUUCACGCACCACCUCCACCUGCCCGUCAGCCCCACGGAGGGGCCCGAGGCCGUGGAGGCCAGACGGCGGUGCUUCCUGCAGGAGCAGCUGGGGCUGGACGAGGAGGACAGCCAGAUCCUGCUCUACCUCAGCCGGCUCAUCACUCAGCGCUACCUGCAGGCCGCCAACAGCAACUGUGGUGCAGCUGGACCUUGUUUUAGUUUUAACUACAUCACCAGCGUUUUGUACAAAAUCUGAUUCUGCUGAGGCGCUGGGUCCCUCCCAGCGCCUCAGCAGAAAUCGCCGGUGACGCGUUGGGUUCAUCCGGACCACAAGUGAUCUUACUACGGUCAAAAUCUCAGCGCUGAUUGUUUUAUCCAUGUUGAUCUCCGUCUGCCUCACUGUGCUUCUCUCUGAUCUCACACCUUUCUCUGGUUGCAGAGAAAACCGAGGGCUGAAUGUCUCUGCAGUGUCCUCUUCUUAACACUUCCAUAUCAGAGCAGACGAAGACCGGCUCCGCACGCUGUCCUUUCAAUUCUUGUUUUUUCCACAUCCAUGCAAAUGAGGCAAAAAAACAAAACUCUCACCCCGCUGGCGAAGAGCUGCAGCGUCCCGGCCGUCUGGUUCGACUUGGAGCCGCUCGCCAGAAGGUUCAGCCUAUGUGUUAACAGCUUUUAUAUCCUCCGCACUACACGUAAACAUGUUUUUCAGCCCAGCAACGCCACGUAUGCUGACAUUUUCUGUUGGCCGAGAACAGACGUCCGUUCGCGAAACACAAGCACGUUGCAGCAACUAGCCCCUCUCUUUGGAAACUUACUUCCAUCUGUCUAUUUUUUUUUUUUUUUUUAUGAUCUUGCUUCACUCGCCAACAUUUUUAGCAUUUACAGCCCACAUUCCUGCAGAAACGGACGAGUGUCCAUGUUGUUCCAAACAGCGACGCGGUGUAGGAUUGUUACGAUGUACAUUUAACUUAUUCAAACCUUUUUUUCCUUUAGGGGUAACGAUUUCAGAGGGGGCGAGAACUAAACCCUGUCGGUCCAGAGGAAUGAUGUGAUCUGUUAAACGUUUGGGACCAGCUGCUGAGGUGCAUUUUCUGUUUAAACAGGGAGAUUUUUAAAGGUGUUUAAUCUACGUGUAUUGAAUUUCACUGUUGUCUUAAAGUUGCGUGAGAGUGACGUGUUGUCAGCAUGAAACAGUCUAGUGUCAGAGUGAUCACGUUGUUGGUAAUAUUUCAGUUUUGUUACAGUAACAUUUACUGAGGCAAUUACUUUUUUUUAAACUCUUAAGAAUUAACUUUUAUUUCUUGUGCCAACAGAAGCCUAUGUUUCACUUCGGAUACCUGCCUAACCUUUAUUUAUUAAAAUACACGUGCACCAAUCAGGCUUUUACCGGCAUAAACCGAUUUCUUUUGGUUUUCUCUGAGACCAGAAAUGCCGGUUGUGAUUUAUUUAUUUUUUGUUGUUUUCUUCUAUCGUCUGAGGACUCUAACAGAUUAAAGGCGUUCUGCAAGUAGCAGUCUUGAAUUAAGGAAUUACCAAGUUGUAUCCCCAUUAAUGUCAAAUCGGUGCAUUUCAGUAAAUUAGAAGAUCAUCAAAAGUCUUUUUUUUAUGUCCAUGAAUUUAUUUCACAAAGUAAACUUAUGUCAAGCUUUUAUUUCUCUUCAUUUUGAUGAUCACGGCUCACAGCAAAUAAAAAAAAAAAACGAAUUCAGCUUCUGUCAAAAUUUAAAUAUCACAUCAGACCAACAAAAAUAAGAUUAGUUAUAUAUGAAAAUGCUCCGCUCACUGUAAACGGUCCACGAACUGUACAGUAUUUUGCUGGAGCUCCUUCCGCACGAAUCAUUGCAUUAAUGCGGUGUUGUAUUGAGGCGAUCAGCCUGCGACGGCUCUAACAGGGGACCACAGAAAACACAGUGGACCAAUAGCAGCAGACGACACGGCUCCCCAAAUCAUGAAAUCAUGCCAAUGUCACACCAGACCUCAAGCAGCUUGGAUUCUGUGCCUCUCCGCUCUUCCUCCAGACUCUGGGGACCUUGAUUCCCAGACAAAAUUUAAUAUUAUGUAUCACGGAGCUUUACUCCAUGCUCUCCUCGAGCCUGUGGUUAUUUCUGCUGCCCUUGUUUUUAACCACAGGGUGUCCUUCCACUCUACUUUCCAUUAAUAUUCAAGCACCCUGUAAACAAUCGGCUUCCUUAUCAAUGGCCUUCUCUGACUUCUCUUCACGGUCAGUGACUUGUCUGAUCGACAACUGCUGUGUUGAAACUCACACACAAGCUAUAACAUGACCUUUCCGAAAUGAAGUCCUUUUUUUAAAUUAUUGGUAAUAUUUUCUGAAAGUCUGAUUUAUUAAGUUUUCACUAGCCUCAAUCAGCCACAAUCAUGAAAAUAACGAGAGAAAAAAAUUUAAUAUUUCGAUCUUUACAAAAUAACUUUUUUAAUAUGAUAAAAGACAAAAAUUUGCUUUUCACUGAUAUUCUAAUUUAUUGAUUGCACCUGCAUGUAGCUAAUCAUUAUCUGAUUUCAGUUAAACUCGAACAGUGGUGGGAGUUUUUAGUAUUGAUGCAGCUGAUGAUUUUUUUUUAUUGUGUUUGAUCUGCUGAUCCCCAAUCAGAGUCAAAAAGGGAACGUUGUCUGAUCCCAAUCACUGGCCAAUUAAUCAGCGCAUCUCUGUAGCAGGAUGCUUGCUACAUGCUCCCCUUUUUCAGAGCUUCUUAUUUAGGAUGAAACACAUUUCUAGGAUGAAAUCCUCAAAGAAGCGGCUUAUAUUCACCGCUUCGUGCCGCCUGUGACUGUGUAGACGGCGGCUACAUUGACUGCAUGGUCAGAGUUUAAUGUGAAAGGUCAAAGUGCGGCCCUUCAGACUACAAGGAAGGCCUUUUUAACUCGUUUGUGGAUAUCGUUCGCCGCAUGUGAUGAAGUGUUACACCUGAUUUAUUCGCUUUGUUUUGGUUUAUUGUCCUGUUCAUGCACAAAACUGCUGAAUGUAAUCUGAAAAGCCAUGCCGCUGUGUGCUUAACAAGCUGUCACCCAGUGUCCUUAUGUUGCCAUAUUAUGUCUGCUUUUUUUGUAUGUCGUCAGCAGCAGGCGGCUGAGCUCCUUCGGCCCUGCAGGCGUUUGAAUAAAGCACGAUGUGAAUGUCC